GUGUGUGUCGGUGCACCUCACAUCAGGCAGAGCUGUGACGCUAAGGUGCAGCAGUUGGUGAAAGCGGCGAGGAGCGGUACCAAGAGAACAAAGUUAGCCAUGAUUCGCAAAGUGUCCUUCCUGCAGAGAAAAGACUCGACAGGUGAUGGAAAGGAUGAUGCAGGUUACAUGGAUGUGUCUGUGUGCGAGUUGAAGCACCCUCCACCACAGCUCUGCCCCAUGCCAGAGGGGCUCAGCAGUCAGCAGGUUGUCAGACGCCUCAUCCUCAGAUCCAUUGUGCAGAGUGAGAGCAGCUACUUGGACUCUCUUAAAAGAAUCCUUCAGGAGUACCAGAAGCCUUUGCUGGAGCCACAGAGCUUGAUUUUAAACCCAAAGAAGGUGCGUCAGAUCUUUUACCGCCUGCAGGAGAUCCAUCAGUGCCACUCCAUGUUCCAGAUCGCCCUCGCAUCCCGUGUGGCCGAGUGGGAUCAAAGUGAGAAGAUCGGCGACUUGUUCGUGGCUUCGUUUUCAAAGUCCAUGGUUCUGAACGUGUACAGUGACUACAUCAACAACUUCACCAGCGCCAUGGCUCUCAUCAAGAAGGCCUGCACCUCCAAACCUGCUUUCCUGGACUUUCUCAAGAGGAAGCAGGCAUCGAGCCCAGACAGAGUCACCCUGUAUGGCCUGAUGGUCAAACCUAUCCAACGCUUCCCACAGUUCAUUCUGCUGCUGCAGGACAUGUUGAAGAACACUUCGAGGUCCCACAGUGACCGGCUGCCCCUGCAGCUGGCUCUCACUGAGCUCGAGACGCUGGCCGAGAGACUCAACGAGCAGAAACGUGUGGCCGAUCAGGAGGCUGAGAUCCAGCACUUGGCUCACAGCAUUGGGCAACGCAGUCUCAACAAGUUGCUGAACUCAGAACAGAGGCAGCUGAUUCAUUGUGAGCUUCUUACUGAGACAGUUUAUGGGGAUAAAGGUCAAGUUCUCAAGUCAAAGGAGCGGAAGGUCUUCCUGCUCAAUGACACCCUCAUUUGUGCCAAUGUGAACCUGAAGGGUCCCCCUGACAUCAACAGCCUGGUUCCUGUUGGUCCUAAGUACACAGUGAAGUGGAGCGCCCCUCUGCUGCAGACUCAGGUGGUGGAGGUGGGACAGGAUAGUCUGCAGAGCACAGACGAGUUCAGCCAGGAGUCACAGACCCGUCAGCUUUCGUCUAAACAUGGCUGCCUGUGUGUUUCAGGUAAAGUGUUCCUUGGCCCUCCAAGAUUGUACCAGGAGUUGGAGGAGCUGCAGCAUGACCUGGCUGUGGUGGAAGAGGUCUCACUGUUGGUGGGGACGCUCCACGGAGUCUACCAGAAUCUGAAUACCACAGUGUCUCAGGACUGGUGUCUGGCUCUGCACAGGCUCAUUCGUCUGAAGGAGGAGGAGAUCCAGAAUGCCAACAAGUGUCGCUUACGCCUGUCUGUUCCAGGCAAACCUGACAGGUCUGGUCGUCCAGUGAGCAUCAUGGUGGUCUUCAACACUCCCAGUCCCUUCAGUAAGAUCUCCUGGGUGAACCGGCUUCAUCUCGCCAAGAUAGCUCAGAGAAAGGAGAACACAUCGGGAUGGGAAUGUGCUGAAGAAGAUGGGAAGACGAAGGCUGUGUUUAGUGGCCCGCUGCUCACCUGCAGGCUUUCUGCUUUCUCCUCCAGGACACACACACUGAAGCUGCAGGCAGCUCUUCACAGCCCGUCUCAGUCCAGCCUGCUUGGUUUCUGUACUGCCAGCACAUCCUUACCACAAGGUUACCUUUGGGUUGCCGGUGGAGGUGGCAACUCCAGCCAUGGCCAAGUGGAAAUCUUCUCCCUAAACCGAGCCAGCCCCCGCUUGGUCAAGACCCUCCCACUGAGAGCCCCAGUCCUCUGCCUGGAGUAUGUGAAGGUGCCAAGCCCCAGUACAGAGGAGGAGACUGAGAUGGUCCAGAGGGCAGCCAAGAUGGGAAACAUCAUUUGUGUUGGCUCGCAGGACGGCAGCAUCCAUGUUCACAGCAGCGUGGACACAGCUGUUGAGUGCCUGCUGACCUUGGUAAACCCUGACAGCUGCCCGGUGCUCUGCCUCAAACACUCACUGUCUUUCCUCUUUGCUGGACUGGCCAAUGGCAAAGUGGCUGUGUACCAGAGAAACACUGGAGAGAGACUGUGGGAUGUGGACUCAUGCAGGCUAGUGUCUCUGGGCUCCAAGCCGGUCUACAGUCUACUGGCACUUGAAGACACUGUGUGGGCCAGCUGUGCAAACCAAGUCACUGUCAUACAGGGAGCCAGCCUCCACAUGCAGAGCUUUGAAGCCCACGCUGACCCAGGCUGCAGUGUGAGCCACAUGGUCCACUCAGGCGGAGGUGUUUGGAUGGCCUUCACCAAGGGAUCCUCCAUUCACCUGUUUCACACAGAGACUUUGCAGCCACUCCAAGAAGUCAACAUCUCCACCCGUACCACCCAUCUGGCACCAGGUCAGGUUUGUGUCUCCAGCUUGCUGAUCUGUCAGGGUCUGCUGUGGGUGGGGACCAGCCAGGGUGUCAUCGUCACUUUCUCUAUACCGACACUGGAGGGCAUCCCCAAGAUCACAGGUAAGGGGAUGACGUCUCUGAAUGCUCACUGUGGUGCUGUGGAUGUUUUGGUGUCAGCCUCCAGCACCCUGGCCUCCAACUUGCUUAGGCGGGAUUCCAUCUUCAACAGUAGCAAGGAGGAUGCUAAUGGAGAGGGAGGAGGUGGAGGGCAGAAGAAUAGCAGCCAUGCAGAGAACUUAGAAGCACCUCUGUGGAAGGAGGACAAACCCAAGCAUCUCCUAUUGCAGUACCACCUCCAUUCCACCUGUCAGCUGCCCGGGAAGCUGCUGACAGCUCAGCCAGAGCAAGGGAACCAGAGGGCCCCUCCAGUUCUCCAAACGGAGGAUGGCUCCAUCUAUGAAGUAAAUGAGGACCCUGAUGUCUGGGUGAGGGGGCGGCCACUGGAGCUGGGGAAGGAGGGAGAGGCCAAGCGUAGCAAAGUCACAUCAACAGCCAUCUUUUCUUGUGGAAGAGGAUACCGGCGAAUAGGACAGCCAGCCUCAGAAGACACCUGCUCAGACUCCACUGAAAACACGCUGCUCGUGUGGCAGCUCCCUCUCACUCUUAGCCAGUGACAGAUGGUUCCUCAGUUACUCUCAGUUGCUUCUGAUUACUCUUAGAUCAGGUACUUUUAAACAUUUUAAGUCGAGUCUAAAGCAAGAUGAGCCAAGGACAGCUGAUGGUUUUCCACAUAGUUUCAGUGUUUUGGUUGUGAAUACCAUAAGUAAUGUCAUCAAGUUAAAACAAAGAUAACAUUCAUUACGAAGCCUACUAAUACUUAGUGAGCAGCUACCUCUAGUAAUUUUGGUUAUCACAAAGACAGCAGCACUUGGUGACAAUAGAGUCAAAGAACUCCCUUUUAACAGGAAGAGAUCCCCAGAAGAACCGGGCAGGCGGUGAGCCAGGGUCUUUGGGGGCUGACUAGUAUGCUAAUAUGUAUGUGUUUCAAAUCAAGUUGUACAAAGAAAGACUUGGUGGAAACAGUGUCUUUGUACAGAUCAAGUGUCGAGCUUCAGUAGUUGUAUUUAGACCUUAAGCCUUUUGAUUCAUUGGACACACGUCUCAAUGCUAGGCAGAAAAAAGCUAACAAAAUUAACAAAGUAGUGGUAUAUUCUGAAAAGAACUUGAUGAAAACCUAAAUGUCGAUAUAAUAAAUGAAAAAAGUCUCUAUAAAAAUGUGUCUUUCCAUCAUAAUCAUAUAGUGGGGGAAAUAAUUAUUUGAUCCUAUGCUGUAUUUGUAAGUUUGCACAUUUACAAAGACAUGAACAGUAAGUUUGUUCCUUGGUGAUGGGUGGCGCUACGAUGUAGUGAUGCAAGGCUUUAACGAGAAUCUCAGCAGCACUGAAUGUGUCACUGAUUCCAAGCACUUCAGUCUUCUCCAUCAGUUUAUUUCCAGAAAACCUGAAAGGUAAUAAAAAAAUAUUUCUAGAUAUAUUUCCAAUAACUGUGACACUCUGGAGCAUUUGGUGAAGAGCAUUUGGACAGUUUGUAGAUUUAUU